CACGAUGGCCGCGAACAGUGAUGUACUCCUGGGCUUGGUGGAAGAAUUCGUCUCGGGACAACAGGACAGCAAGGCCGCUGAUACUGCAACAGGUGUGAAGACUGGGCAGUUUACAAUAUUAGAGUUGGUUGAAGCAUUGGGGCUGAGCCUGACAAGCUCUCAGCCCCAAACAAGAGGCCGGGGGGUCCAGCUGCUCUCCCAGGUCCUUCAGGAGUGCUACGACAACCUCACGGAGAGGGAAGUGGAGGUCCUGAUUGCCUUUUAUGAAAACAGACUGAAGGACCAUUAUGUCAUCACACCGCAUGUCUUACAGGGGAUCAAAGCCCUGACCAAAUGCAAGGCCUUUCCUCCAGGGUUGUCUGUCUCCAUUCUGAGGUCCCUCUUCCAAGAUGUCCACGUGCAGUCUCUGAUGCUGCAGGAGCGGUCAUGUGUCUACAACAUCCUGAUGAACCUGAUGGAGUCCCGAGAGGACGAGUUGAUGGGCUUGGGUGCAGACUUUGUCUUCGGAUUCGUCCAGGCGAUGGACGGAGAACGGGACCCGCGCAACCUCCUCCUGGCCUUCCAGAUCGCCCGGAACAUCCUCCACAGGGGCUACGAGCUGGGUAAAUUCACGGAGGAGCUGUUUGAGGUCACAUCCUGCUAUUUCCCUAUAGACUUCACUCCACCACCGAAUGACCCCCACGGGAUCACCCAAGAGGAGCUGAUCCUGUCGCUGCGGGCCGUGCUGACAGGGACGCCCCGGUUCGCAGAGUUCCUGCUGCCGCUUAUCAUCGAGAAGGUGGACUCUGAUGUGCAGAGCGCCAAGCUGGACUCCCUGCAGACGCUGGCGGCCUGCGCCUCCGUGUACAGACACAAAGACCUGACUGAGUUCCUGCCGGGGCUGUGGUCCUCGCUCCGCAGAGAGGUCUUCCAGACGGCCAGUGAGAAGGUAGAGGCGGCCAGCCUGGCGGCCCUGAGCGCCCUCACCGCCUGCCUGUCCCGCUCCGUGCAGCACUCGGAUGCAGAUGACGCUCUGCAGGGCUUCCUGGACCUGGUGCUCAGAGACUGCCAGCACCACCUCUGCGAGCCGGACCUGAAGCUGGUCUGGCCCAGCGCCAAGCUCCUGCAGGCGGCGGCCGGUGCCUCCCACAGGGCCAGUUACAAGAUCGCAGCGGCCGUCGUGCCCCUGCUGCUGGAGCAGUACAACAGCCGCACGCAGUGUGCUCAGCGGCGCACCCUGCUGGAGGUGGUGCAGGGCUUCGUCCAGCCGGUGCAGAGCAGCUUGCCUUCAGACAGCGAUGACAGUGUGCUCUCAGGCUUCCGGGAGCCCCUGUGCAGCCUGGUCUUCUCCGCUCUCUCCGAGUCCAGCUCAGGUCUGCAGGUCACUGCCACCUGCGUCCUCACCGCGCUGGGCCAGCAGCCAGGCCUGCUGUCAGCGCCGGACGUCGAGCUGGCCGCUGAUCACCUGACCCGGCUGAUCGUGGAGGAGGACGAGCCUCAAGUCAGUUCUGCAGUGAUAGACUGUGCAGGCUCUCUGGCCCGGGUGCAGCCUGCAGCCUUUGCCUCCAAGAUGGUCCCGAAGCUGAAGGACCACAUCUUCUCAGAGCCCAUGGUGCUAGGCGAUGGCCACACCCCUACACAGACGCACUCCCAGCAGGCCUUGCGACAGAGGUGUGUGAUGGCGCUGGCGGUGGUGUCGUCCCAUCCCAGCCUGGUGCAGGAAACUGCCCCCAUCCUGCUGCAGAUCCUCUCCUCAGCUCAUACAGGUAGCGGCUCCUUCACGGUGGAGGAGGUGGUGUCAGUGUGUCGCAGCCUGCAGCGGGUAGCGGCGCACGCUCAGGACACGGCCGAGACCGGACGCUUCUUCCACGACAUCAUCAUCCCGCGCCUCCUCGGGUUGGCCCUGCAGGCAGCUGUACAGGGUGAGGAGCAGGGCGGACAGCGGAGCCCCCUGACGGAGGAGGCGGUGCUUUUCGCCUUGGUCCCUGUGCUGAGCACGGCGUGCAGCCAUCUGCAGUCAGAGCUGGCUGCCCUCACAGCGUCCCGGGCAGUGUCCCUCUUCCUCGACGGUGAUGUGUCCUUCCUACCCGAAAACGAUUUCCAGACCCCCAUUCAGCUGUUGAAGAAGCAGUCAGAGGCCUGGAGACAGUCGCAGCUGGUGUGUCUGCUCAUGGCCUGCGUGUGCUCGAUGCCGAGGAGUGUGGAGAUUCCCCAGAUUGACAGGCUCUUUGGUGAAUUGGAGGAGCUGAGUUGCACCUGCGCCCACCCCUUUUCCUACACCUCAGCGGCAAAGUGCUUUGCAGGGCUGGUGAACAAAAGGCUGAGUGGAGAGGCGCUGGACUCUGUGCUGGAGAGGACAAUGAAGAGGAUCGGCUCUGAGCUGGACUGUGUCUCAUCUUCGUACCGAAUGCAGGCCUUCACACUGCUGCUCUGGGUGGCCAAGGCCCUCCUUAUCAGAUACCAUCCCCUCUCCACCGAUCUGACUGACAAGCUCUUCUCCCUGCUAACUGACCCUGAGUUGGGCGGCGCGGCGGCUGACGGCUUCUCCCUCAUCAUGAGCGACUCGGCAGACGUGCUGAACCGGGCCUGCCACGCCGACCUGCGCAUCAUGUACCGGCAGAGGUUCUUCACCGAGAACUCGGCCAAGCUCGUCCAGGGCUUCAACUCGGCCGAGAAAGAGAGGAAGUCGGGGUAUUUGAAGGCGCUGUCGCACAUCGUCAACCACCUGCCGAGACAGGUGCAGCUCACAGAGCUCCCCGCGCUGCUGCCCCUCCUCCUGGAGGCUCUGUCCUGCUCGGAUCAAGGGGUGCAGCUGUCCACCCUGUCGUGCCUGCACCCCGUUCUCCUGGACCCCCCGCCGGCCCUCACCCCGCAGGUGGACGGCCUCGUGCACCGCCUGCUGGCCCUGACCACCAGCCCCGGCAUGAAAGUGCGAACUGCAGCCCUGCGCUGUCUCCACGCCCUCUGCCGGCUGCCAGAACACACGGUCCUUCCAUUCCGUGCGAGGGUGCUACGUGCCCUGGCCAAACCCCUGGACGACAAGAAGAGGCUGGUGAGGAAGGAGGCGGUCCUGGCGCGGGGAGAGUGGUUCCUGCUAGGGAGCCCAGGAAGGUGAGCUUCCUUCCCCCCACCUCCCCCACCCACCC